AUGUUCUUGAGGACGUCUAAGGCAGCGGGGGCGGCGCCGCGUCUUGCUAGUUGGUGCGGCGUCUUCGCCCGGCGCGCGCGUCCGCCCCACCCCGCAAGAAAGCGUCGCGACGCUAAGUUUUCCACCAAGAAGUUAGUCGUCGCCCGCCCGCGUCUCAAGGAGGUCCGCUUCCGCUUUCCCGCUUCCACGAAUUUUCCGGGACGCGAGAGAUCGCAUGAAUCGGUUGUGACGAUACGCCCGAAGCUGGAAUUAAUGUUGAAAUACUUCAAUGAGAACAUAUCCCUAGCGCUGCAGGAGAGGUAUAGGGACCUCCAUGAGUAUCGGAAGACGGAAGCGGUAGAGGAAGGGUCACCGAGGGAGGCUAAAGUUCCGAAAAUAGCUGAGGAAGGGGAGCAGAUCGGCGGCGAAGGCGCGUUCGAACCGAGCGCCGCGCCGCCGUUCCCGAGGCUGCUGGAACCGCCCAAGGAGGAAGACAGCUUCGUGGCGAGCUGGCUGCAGAACUCGUUCAAGAUGACGGCAGCGGAAGGGAACGAGUCUGCAGCGGCAGCGAGCGCUUUGGACCUACGAGCGGCGCCGCUAUCGCUUCAAAUCCCUGCAGCGCUGCAGCAGGCGGCGGAGGCACAGCGCUUCAAGAUGCAGGACUUCUGGUCCCGCAGUAGACCGAGCUCGCCGGCCCAGGAGCCCAUGGAGGCGCAUUCUCAACCGGGCCCGGCGCCAUCCACGCCACAGCCACCUGCAACGCCUGACCACAAAAUUAUGACCGAGAAACUCGUCAAUGAAAUUCAGCAACAACAGCAAUCGCCAUCAGCAGACUCGACGAUGAGCGAGAGGUCCCUCGUACCGUUUGCUCUGGUAAAUUUACUGUCUUCACUCAAUAAUUUCGAUCAACAAGCGCGGUCCGGGCAGAGCAUCAGCGAGCGAACACUGGAAGAGUGCUGGUCGACACUUCAGCGAAUCUUCAUGCACAAGAACGCAAUGCAGAUGCACGCGCGCGAGCUCCAGCGAGGGUUGGGGGGCGAGGUGAAGCCCCACCAGUGCCAGCAGUGCCUCAAGUCCUUCAGCUCCAACCACCAGCUAGUCCAGCACAUCAGGGUCCAUACGGGGGAGAAGCCGUACAAAUGCUCCUACUGCGAUAGGAGGUUCAAGCAGUUGAGCCAUGUUCAGCAACACACGAGGCUGCAUACAGGCGAGCGCCCAUACAAAUGCCAUUUACCAGACUGUGGCAGAGCCUUCAUACAGCUCUCCAACCUUCAGCAACAUCUCAGGAACCACGAUGCUCAGGUGGAAAGGGCCAAAAACCGCCCUUUCCAUUGUAACAUCUGUGGCAAGGGAUUCGCCACAGAAAGUAGUUUGAGAACGCACACGGCAAAGGAGCUUCAGCUGCACCUUGGUGUUUUGCAGCAACACGCCGCUCUAAUGAUCGGUGGCGCCACCGCCACGCCAUGCCCCAUAUGCCACAAAGUAGUGUUCGGUGGCGAAGCACUCGUAGAACACAUGAAGAAUACCCACAAGGACCCAAAUGCGUCCGGCGUUGCCACCCCGCCCGCCACUUCACCGUACCCGGCGCAAGCUAAACCUAUUGAUCCUUAUAUAGCCAAGCGGAGGACGGCCAAUCACCCUUGUCCUGUUUGCGGGAAGCAUUACGUCAACGAGGGGUCCCUGAGGAAGCACCUGGCCUGCCAUCCAGAGACACAGCUGACCAGCGGCUUGAGGAUGUGGCCUUGCUCCGUCUGCCAAGCGGUCUUCACCCACGAGAGCGGUCUACUCUCUCAUAUGGAGCAUAUGAGAAUGGAGCCGAAACAUCAGUUCGCCGCGCAAUACGUCUUAUCACGAGCAGCAGCUGAAAGACGAGAAAGAGACAUCCUAGCGGCUGUCUCGGCCUCCGCCGGUGGUUCGGGACUUUUGAACCUGGCGCCCCCUUCGCCGGCUCACUCCGACUCCUCCUCGAACGGCAGACUGUCAUCUUCGGCUGGCUCCGAAGCUGGCGCCGCUGUUAAUAAGCUGUCAGAUUUACUCCGGUCAGCGAACAACGGCCACCAAGCGUACGGAGACGAAAGAGUAGCGGCUAUCGCAGCGGCCGCGGCCAAUAUGAUGGCACAACCUGGAGAAGGGGCCAAUGCCGUCCAAGUCGCCGCAGCGAACCUGGUGUCAGCGAUGAGACAGCAAUUGGCUAGAGAACCACCGCCAACGCAACCGCCAGCGGAAACUCCUCCGGCGCCAACUGAAGCGGCGCUCAGAAUCCAGCAAGCUGAGGCGCUUCUCAGGAGUCAGGCUGAGGCUUUAAGACUGGCGGUGUCGCAAGCCGCAGCCGCCCACAACCCAGAAUCUGUAAGCCCUUUGAGACACAACGGCGGGUUCCCACCGCCGCCCCCCAACGACGCGAGCGGGCAACUAUCCCCUGAACUAGUGGAGGCAUUCAGAAUCGCACAAGAGCAGAGGCUGGAGCAAGCGCUGAGAUUGCACGACCCGAGAAUGCUCGGGUUCAAUCUGCCAUCGCCGGUGCAACAGGCGGCGCAACAAGCAGCGCAGCAGGCGGUAGCAGCGCAGCAAGCAGCAGCACAGCAAGCGGCGCAGCAGGCAGCGCAGCAAGUAGCACAGCAGGCAGCGCACGCAGCACAAGCAGCGCAGCAAGCGGCGCAGCAAGCAGUAGCAGCGCAGCACGCGGCGCAACAGCAACACAUGCAGCAGCAAGCAGCGCAAGCGGCACAGGCGGCACAACAGGCUGCACAACAAGCUGUACACCUCCAGCAAAACCCUCAGCCAUGA